AUGGGGGUCCCCUGGGGUCUUCGUCCAUACCCUCCCCGGCCACGGGGCGUGCAACCAGGCUUCGUGGGGUUCGAAACGACGUCGGCGGCGGCCGAAGGGCCGGAGGGCAUCGAGCAACGCCUGGAGGUGCGGGGAGGACGGAUCCCGGCGGCCCUUUGGGCCCAACGGGGGUUACGGAAGCUUUACCUGAGCGGGACAGGGUUGCGGGAAGUGCCGGCCGAGCUGGCGGCCCUGCGGCACCUGCGCACCUUGGCUCUGGACGGCAACGAGUUGCUGGAGGUGCCCGAGGCCUUGUGCCGCCUGCCCCGCUUGGCCUACCUCUACCUCGGCCGCAACGGGCUGCAGGGGCUGCCGCCCGCCUUCGCCCGCCUGCAGAGCCUGCGCUGCCUCUGGCUGGAGGGCAAUUUCCUCGCCCGCUUCCCCCGAGCCCUCCUGCGCCUGCCCGACCUCCGCAGCCUGCAGUUGGGAGACAACCGCCUGGCCCGCCUGCCCGCCGGGUUGCCUCGCAUGGCGGGUUUGAGGGGACUCUGGCUCUACGGGAAUCGGUUCGAGGAGUUCCUCGCCGUCCUGCUGCGCAUGGUCCACCUCCGCGUCCUCGACCUGGACCGCAAUCGCAUCACCCGCUUUCCCGACCUGGCCUGCCUCUCCUCCCUGCGCCUCCUCUCCUACGACCACAACCCCGUCCGGCAGCCGCCUUCCGUGGGGGAUGCCGUUCAGCUGGUGGGCGACGGGGCACAGGAGUUCAUGGAGGCGCGGCAGGAACGCCUGCAGAGCCUCCAGCACCAGGAGGAAGAAGAGGAAGAAGAAGGCACCGAGGCCGCACCGGCAGCCCCCGGGGACGGCUCCCCGCUGCUGGAGGAUGGGGAAGGCAGCUUUGCAGCCCUGCGGGGCUCCCCUGGGGAAACGUGA